UUUCAUCACUUCGAGCGAGGAGGCAGAGGGAGAAGAAGACGUCAGUCACAGAAGGCAGAAAUUCCUGAAAAUGGUGAAGUUCUUGAAGCCGAACAAGGCCGUUAUUGUCCUUCAAGGACGCUAUGCCGGUCGCAAAGCUGUAAUCGUACGUACCUUCGAUGACGGCACGCGUGACCGCGCGUACGGCCACUGUUUGGUCGCCGGAAUCAAGAAGUAUCCGAGUAAGGUCAUCAGGAAGGAUUCUGCCAAGAAGACGGCGAAGAAAUCUAGGGUUAAGGCUUUCGUCAAGCUCGUGAACUACCAGCAUCUCAUGCCCACGCGUUACACCCUAGAUGUGGAUCUUAAGGACGUAGUGACCAUCGAUGCCCUUCAAUCGAAGGACAAGAAGGUCACUGCCUUGAAGGAGACUAAGAAGAGGUUCGAGGAGAGGUUCAAGACCGGCAAGAACAGGUGGUUCUUUACCAAGCUUAGGUUCUGAGUUUUUUCCUCCGGGAACAACGACGUUGUUUCAUACUAUAUUUCUGUACUAGUCUUGUUAAGGGAAUUUUGGAUAGAUAUUAUAUUGUUAUCGUUUACCGAAUUAUUCUUGGGUCUGUUGAGCUAUGUGCUACUUUCUUUAGUUGAAUUGCUAAUCAUGUCAUUUCCAAA